AUGUCAACGGCAUGGCAACAGCAACAGCAACAGCAACAGCAACAGCAACAGCAACAGCAACAGCAACAGCCAAGCGGUCCAGGGCCCCCAUGGCUCGGUCGUGACGACGACAACGACGACAACACCGCCGCCGCCGCCCGUCUUGUGCAUAGCCGCCCGUCUGCUGCGGCCGCUCGUUGCCCUCGUCGCCGGCUGUUGCUGCUGCUGCUUCUGCUGCUGCAGGCCGAAUGCACGCGGGAGCAUGGACCACACCGACGUGUCGCCCCUAAGGAAAUCAUCGCCGCCCUCAAUCCCCCAUCCGCAGUCACCACGACGACUCCACGCUCGCCCUCCGCUGCUCACCCGCCGGCUCCUCCGUCGCCAGUGCCCGCCCGCUGGUCGCUGACCAACCGCAUCUUCAGCCUCAACCUGCGCUCGCUGUACCAGGGCCCGCCGCGCCUGCCCGCCUCCCGCCUGUGGAAUCCCGUCAACUCGUCUCCACGCACGCUGCAGCUCCAGAACCCACCGCCAUCCUCAUCAGCCCCCGCCCCAGCUCCAGGCCCGCCACCACCACCACCGCCGCCGCGCGACGACUACUACUACUAUCCCAACCUGCCUGUCGAUACCCACGCCGCCGCUACCGACGACGCCCGCGACGAGUAUCCUCUCCUGACGCUCCCCCAGCAGCGUCUCAGCCGCCAGAGCCCCGUGCUCAGCUCCCUCGCCGUCGAGCGCUCCACGCCCGACACCAGCAACAACCGCACCAGCAUCGGCCUCCCUCAGCGCCGCGCCCCCGCCCACCACUACUACCCACCCACCGCCGGUCCCGCCAUGUCCUCUCCGCCUGCCCCGCCCCGUGACAGCGCCUCGUCUCCCCAGCACGACAAGGACGUCGAAGCCGCCCACGCCCAGCCACCCGCCGUGUCUCGCGUCUCGCUGCCCGCCUCGCGACGCGCCUCGGUCACGUCGAGACCCGACGGCUCUGUCCAUGCCGACGACGAUGCCGACGAUGAUGCCGCCUCCGAGUUUCCCUGGGGUCCCUCGCACCCCUGCUUUCCCCAUCCCAACCCCCAUGUGCCUCUCGACUCGGAGCUGUACAGGACCACGCGCAUCAUCCGCAUCAAGCGCGACUGGAUGGUCAAGGGCGACCUGGCCCCGACCUUUGCCAACCUGUAUCCCGAGAUCCUCGACCCCCUCAUCACCGAGGACGACUUCCGCCUGCUGAUCAAGAAGAUCAACGACUCCCUCAUCGACGCCUUUGAUCCCUUCUCCCUCCGCGCCUGUCUCGACACCGUCAUGGGCGUUGCCACGCUGUGGCUGUGGGAGGAUGUUGGUUUCACGGGUGUCAAGGCGAAACUGGCCCAGCUGGAAAGGUGGAUCGACGACUGGAACCAGGAUGUGGGCGUCAAGGAAGGCGUCAAGAUUAUUCCUCUGAGGCGAACCGGUUACCUGACGCUCGACAUACAAAUACCAGACCCUCACCUCGGCCCCGAUGUCGGCUCGCGGCCAGGAACACAAGACGAUGACCUCAACAUGAAUCCAUCCCAACAAACCGAACCACACCGACCGUAUUCCAUUGCCCCUGCAUUGCAGAGUUACGAAAAGGAGCAGGCCAAGAGGCAUAAAACACAAGACGAUGACUUGGAGUUUAGCGGCAUGAGAACAGGAGUUUUUGCAAUGUCUAACUGGGCGGGCAAUUGUGUUUUUUUAUUCUUCCUUUACCAAAGAGCGUAUCACGACUAUAAGCCUUUUUUUCGGGCUAGACCACACUACACUAUCUGCGGCGACGCAAAAAAGACCUAA